CCCAAGGCGGCUAGUUGACUUUGUUUUUUGGUGAUGGGCGAUCUCAGUGGCCCGGUGUACGAAAGUACGCCGAAAAACUAUAAAAAACGAAGUACCAGACAAACAAAUUUUGCAACACCUCAUAUUCCACUGGCUGGGGGCGGUAGUAAAAAAGCAAGACUAGUCAUAGAACAAAUAAACGUUUCAAAUCAAGCAGCUCCUCUCGAUGGACAGUCAGAUGUAAACACAAAUGUUAGUUCAUCUCGCCGCUCUGUAAAUAAACAACUUUCUCAACCUCGACGAGUUAUUGCAACUGGAAAUAAAUCUCGUCAAAACAACUGGAUGUAUGUGAAUCGUAAAGAAACAUCUAAACCGAGUAAUCGUCGUGUUUCACCUAUUCGAAAUCGACAGUCUCAGAGCUCCGGUCGAAAUAGACAGUUAGUUCAAACACAACAGUCAAGUAAAACAACAGGAAGUGCUUCAAAUGAUAAUCAAAUUAGGCCGAAGAGAAGAGCUGCUCCCUGUGAAAUCGCUUUAAGAGAAAUAAGAGCUUUUCAGCGUAGUACAAAUCUUCUUUUAAGGAAGUUACCAUUUGCACGUUUAGUACGUUCUAUCACUGUUCGUACACUUGGUCCGAGCUAUUUAUCAUUUAAUUGGCAAGCUGUCUGUUUUUUGGCAUUACAAGAAGCUGCAGAAGCAUUUAUUGUUCAUUUAUUCGAAUGCGCACAACGAUGCGCAAUACAUGCAAGACGUGUAACAGUUAUGACCAAGGAUAUACAAUUAGUGACACAUUUACAAAAUAUACCAACUUCAUCACAAUUUACACAUUAUCAUCAUACUAUACAAAGCCAACAACAACUGGCACAUUUGAAACAAUUAAAAUAUAAACACGCUUCACAGCCUCGAAAAAAAGGUUAUUCUCAACAAUCAGAUGUUGAUGAAGACGAUAGCACUGAUACUUCAUAGAUGAAUCUUUCUUUGUUUUUCUUUUCUCCGAAUUCUUUUUAUUUAUAUACAUAUAUGUAUACAUCCUUGUUAUUUUAUCAUGAUAUGUUUUUGUGUAUCUGUAUCUGUACAGAUCAUGAUGUACAUACUGUCUCCAUUGUUCAUACCUUUCCCGUGACGAUGGUUGAUACGAUAAGUCAAUCAGAAGUAGCCAAAUAGGGAAGGUCAAUCGAUAGCAAUCAGAAUUGACCUGAAUGACAAGUGCAUUUAAUUGGCUAAGAAAUGGAUUAAAUUCCCAAGGGGGGUAGAGUUGUACAUGUAUAAAUGAGUAUUUGUUUAUUUUAUUCUGUAGUCCAAUAUACUUUCUCGUUCAGUCUUGUGUUCUCGCUCAAGUAGUCAUUUGGGGUGAGGGUUAGUGUAUAGCACAUGUAUCAGAAUCAAUUUUCGGAAUCCGCCAGUUACAACAGUUUCUGGCAACGUUAUUUGUCCCAAACCCACUCGAAGAUAACUAAAAUUAUAUAUAUAAUUUUCGAUAACUGUAUUCGCUGAAUUACUCCUACUUCGACUCAUUUCUCCAAUUAUUUCCCAUUUAUUUUCUUUCGGAUCAUAUCGUUCAAUGGAUUUCAAACGAUCAUUUCCAUUGUUUCCACCAAUAGCAUAUAAGUAAUCACCAUGUUGAAUAAGUGAUACACCACCUCUCGAUGAAUUCAUUCGAUUUAUUAAGGUCCAUUGAUCCGUCAACGGUUCAUAAUAUUCCACUGAAUCGUGAUAAUAUCGACCAUCAAAUCCACCAAUCACAUAUAUUUUCCCAUGUAAUUCUCCAGUUGACCCAUCACUACGUAUAUGAUUCAUUGAAGAUAUAGUUUGCCAUAAAUUUCCAUCCACGGUAUAUCUUUCUGCAGAGUCUAAACGACCUCCAUAUUCACCAUUAUGACCUCCAAUUGCAUAGAUAUAUCCAUUUGCAUAUGUAACACUGACGUAAUAACGAUUCUCAUACAUGCAGCUUGCUUCAUGCCUAAAAAUUUUAAACGAGACCCUCACACAAUUGAAUUUAUAUCCUAUACAUUGGUGAUUAAAUAUAAGUGGUUAGUAAACUUAAUGACUUCAAGGAAAGCAUAUACAUAUUUGAUCCUCAAGCUUUCAAUGUGCUUCUAAUUACACAUUUUAAGUGAAUGUUGCAGUUAAGAACAGUGACUGUUGGAUUCUGGUCGGGAGUAAUGUUCACUUAGUGUGCAUCAAGUUUCAGUGUUCAACCAAUGAUAGUGUCGUGGGAAAUAUUCAGUACUUAGUGCUGCUGAUUGCUUCGAGCGAAUAAUGGACUCACCAAUUAUUGCUGUUUAUUUUAAUUGUGGUCCAUAAUUACAUCCCAUUAAAUCUGAAUCUGUUGUUCAGAUGUG